UAUGUAGCUCCGAUAACGCUUAGAUUGUUGAACUCCCCAAUUAUCUUUUUUAUUCUUUGAUAUAUUUCAUUGUCGUCCUGAGUCACUAUAAGCUUCAACAUUACAUUCUUUUUAUCUCUCAAGACACUCCAUAAUGGCUCUUCGAUUGUCUGCGAAAAGAGUGACAGCUACUUUAAAAGCUGGGAAUGCAUCACCAGUGAUCAAUGGCUUCUUGAAGAGGAAUGCUUCUCAAGCCACCGCAGCUGCAACAAACUUAGCGGAUGAAGUCAAGCAUGAUAAUCAUGUAUGUUGUGAUGUGCCAAUCGUAUUAUCGCCUACUAAUACAAAAUACAGAGUGAGAGCAAAUUAUCGAAUCCAGAUCCUUCACCAAAUUCGCCAACAGGACGUCUCGUCUCAGAACAAGCUCCAUACAUGGUUGCAACUUAUGCCCGACCACCACCAAUGUUCGUAAAGGGAGCCGGAUGUUAUCUUUGGGAUACCGAGAACAGGAGAUACUUAGAUUUCACAGCUGGUAUAGCAGUCAAUGCUUUAGGACACUGCGACCCGGAAAUCGCAAAGAUAAUGUUAGAACAAGUAAGCUCUGUCACUCAUCUUCUGGCAAGUGACUCAUCUAAUACAAGUCCACAAACUAGGGAACAACUCUGAUACAUACUUCCAAUCUAUAUCAUAAUCCGUGGACCGGCGCUCUCUCUCAACUCCUCAUCGAGAAGACCCUUGAAUCAAAUUCAAUGCACGAUGCUCAAGCUGUUUUCAUCUGCAACUCUGGCAGUGAAGCUAAUGAGGCCGCAAUAAAGUUUGCUCGGAAGUCUGGAAAGGUUGUCGAUCCGUCAGGUGCUAAGCAUGAAGUUGUUUCGUUCCAAAAUUCUUUCCACGGCCGAACCAUGGGCUCAUUAUCUGCAACUCCGAACCCGAAGUAUCAAACACCAUUUUCUCCGAUGUUACCUGGAUUCAAAUAUGGAACAUAUAACGAUGUGGAUGCUAUCAAGGAUUUAGUCACGGAAAAGACGUGUGGUGUUAUAGUAGAGCCAAUUCAAGGAGAAGGUGGUGUCAUUGUGGCGACCGAAGAAUUCCUUACUGCACUUGCAGCUCGUUGUCGUGAAGUUGGUGCAGUCCUCAUAUAUGAUGAAAUACAAUGUGGUCUUUCACGAACGGGAACCUUCUGGGCCCAUUCUUCGUUGCCAAAAUCGGCUCAUCCAGACAUCAUUACUACGGCCAAGGCUCUCGGAAAUGGGUUCCCCAUUGGAGCAACAAUUGUCAACAAAAAUGUAACGGAGAAGAUCAAGGUUGGUGAUCACGGAACUACCUUUGGUGGAAACCCAUUGGGGUCCAGGAUCGCUCAUUAUAUUGUUUCUCGAUUAUCUGAUCCAUCGUUACAAAACGACGUCAUCAGAAAAUCGGAUAUAUUCAAGAAACAUUUCGAGGUAUUACAAUCCAAAUACCCGGAACUCGUCAAAGAAGUCAGAGGUAGGGGUUUACACUUGGGUUUGCAAUUGAGCCGAGAUCCCACUCCGGUUGUCACAGCUGCUAGAGAAAGAGGUUUACUUAUCAUUACGGCUGGAACCAACACCUUAAGAUUCGUACCGAGCUUGAAUAUUACCGAUGGAGAAAUUGAAGAGGGUUUCCAAAUUUUGGACGAGGCGAUGAGAAUUGCUACCUCUCCAUUAGAGAAGCCUCAAGGAGCUCAAGUCCAUGGUGAAGUAGAUUCGCCAAAUUAAUAAUCUCGUUGAUGUUGAUGUUACCCAAGUGGAUUGCUUGUAUAAAGCAUAGAGUGGCGUUAGUGGCGUAAAGCGUAUAUACACAAUCGGUUGGAAUGUCAAAUAUAUGUUGAAAUUACUCGUAUUGUCUCGCAUUGUAAUUGUGUUUUUAUAUGCGAGUGU